CUCACCUUUGCCCACGUAACUAACGCCUUUAAAUUUUUUUAUCUUCCGCUCAUUUUCCCAUAUUUAUAUUUUUAUACCCAUUUACGUGCCGUUAUAAAUCCAUGCACUUGAGCUCACUCCCACCAAUCCCAAUAACAAAUUAAUUACUGAAUGGCCAACGGCUCUGCUGCCCACGGAGGCGACGACCGCCGCCGCCACCCUCCGCCUCCCCCGGCCGCCAAGCCGCGGCAGACCUCCAGGAAAGCGUACGCCCGGGGAAAAGGCGGCCCAGAGAACGCUAGUUGCACCUACAAGGGCGUCCGCCAGAGGACCUGGGGGAAGUGGGUGUCCGAGAUACGCGAGCCCAACCGCGGGUCCCGCAUCUGGCUCGGCACUUUCGAGAGCGCGUACGACGCCGCGGUGGCUUACGACACCGCGGCUCGUUGCCUUUUCGGAUCCCGAGCCCAGCUCAACCUCCCCCACCUCUGGGUCGACCAGCCCCUGCCACUGCCUCCCUCUCCGAGCCACGGCGGGGACCCGUCGGACUAUUAUUCGUUUGUGAAGGACAAUGUCGCAAAUUGUAAGCCUCUUGUGUGUCCGACGCAUCUGGGUGUUGCAGGUACCUACCAUGGCCAGGCAUCUUCGGGUUCCAAUCCCCCCUCCAAUCUCUACUGCUCCACCACCAACAAUGCCGAGACCCAACAUGAAAAUCAGCUCUCGCUGUUCAACUACAACCACUGCUCUGGCCCUGCCGCUGCCACUCUGCCGCCGCUGAUGAACAUCGACGAGGCUGCAGUGACGUCGACGGCAGAGCUGCAGCGGGGCCAUGGGGGUGCGGAUGAUCCGAUGGAGGUGGAAGGAAUGUGGUCGUCGGCGGGGACAUUCAACUUGAACGGCCUGCCGGAGAUCGACGACUCGUCGAUCUGGGCGGAGGCGAGUGCCGACAGCGAGCUUCAAGCAGCGGCUACUGACCCCGCCGGGUUCUUUUAUGGUGAUGAUGGUGGGAAGAGCGGCGGUAGCUGCAGCUGGAUGGGUGCCUACCCUUCUUGGUACCCUUAAAUAUUUAUGCAUAAUUGUGAUGAGUUUAUAUCUAUAGGUUUGAUUUAAAAGGAACAAUAUCUAUAUAUCUAUAUGUGUGAAACCUUGUAUGGAUGGGUAAACAUGGAGACUAUGCAAUGUGAAGUAUUGUAUAAACAUUCAUGGAUCAGGUAUACUCCCUCCCUCCUUGGAAAUCUUUCUUCUUUCUUUUUUCAUCCGUCCCAAAAAACACUUCUUAUUUAU